GGGGGUGCUGGGAGCCGGGAAGACCCCCAGAAUCGUUUCCAUUCAGCUGCCCUUGGUCUUCGCCUUUUCUCACUUUCGCUUAUUCUUCGUUACCGACAAGCACCUGGUUCCAGGGAGAGAGAAAGCCGGGGUCUAGGCGCGCGGCGGGCUGCAGGUCCUAGAAGAUUCGCUGGGGUGGCGAGAAGGGGGAGGGCCCGGGCAAACCGUUGCUGCCUGAGCCCGGGCCGGGGUCCCGGGAGGGGGAGUUCCGGGCACCCCGUGGACUCGCGGCCUGGGGCGGCCCCCACCGAGUGGCCUGCGGCUCGGGCCUCGCGGGUACCUGCCACCGGCGCCUCCCAGCGCGGCCCACGCGGGCGGCGCGCGGAGGAGGGGCGGGGGCAGCGGCGGCUGUAGCGGCCGCGACCGGGGCGGGCGGAGGAGUGUGACGGGCCUCGGGGCCGCUGUGGAUGGUUUCUAAAAUGAUCAUUGAAAACUUCGAGGCGCUCAAGUCCUGGCUCAGCAAGACUCUGGAGCCCAUCUGUGAUGCAGAUCCAUCAGCUCUAGCAAAAUAUGUUCUUGCCUUGGUAAAGAAAGACAAAAGUGAAAAGGAGUUAAAAGCGUUAUGUAUUGAUCAGCUGGAUGUAUUCCUUCAGAAAGAGACACAGAUAUUUGUGGAAAAACUGUUUGAUGCUGUGAAUACAAAGAGCUACCUACCUCCCCCAGAACAGCCAUCAUCAGGAAGCUUAAAGGUAGAAUUUUUUCAGCACCAAGAAAAAGAUAUAAAAAAAGAAGAGCAGAUCACGAAGGAAGAUGAACGUGAGAAAAAGUUUUCUAGAAGGCUAAAUCAUAGUCCCCCCCAAUCAAGCUCCCGAUAUAGAGAAAAUAGAAGUCGUGAUGAGAGGAAAAAAGAUGAUCGUUCUCGAAAAAGAGAUUAUGAUCGGAAUCCUCCUAGAAGAGAUUCCUACAGAGAUCGGUACAAUAGAAGGCGAGGACGAAGCCGGAGUUACAGCAGGAGUAGGAGUCGAAGUUGGAGUAAAGAGAGGCUUCGUGACAGGGAUAGAGAUAGAAGCAGGACUAGAAGCAGAAGCAGAACACGAAGCAGGGAAAGGGAACUGGUAAAACCUAAAUAUGACUUGGACAGGACAGAUCCAUUAGAAAACAAUUAUACUCCAGUCUCUUCAGUACCUACUAUUUCAACUGCUCACUAUCCUGUACCAACUUUGAGCAGCACUAUUACAGUGAUUGCUCCUACUCAUCAUGGCAACAAUACUACUGAAAGUUGGUCUGAGUUUCAUGAAGAUCAGGUGGACCAUAAUUCAUAUGUAAGACCACCAAUGCCAAAGAAGCGGUGCAGAGACUAUGAUGAAAAGGGUUUCUGUAUGAGAGGAGACAUGUGCCCUUUUGAUCAUGGAAGUGACCCAGUAGUUGUCGAAGAUGUGAAUCUUCCUGGAAUGCUGCCAUUCCCAGCACAGCCUCCUGUUGUUGAAGGACCACCACCUCCUGGUUUACCCCCACCUCCACCAAUUCUUACACCUCCACCUGUGAAUCUGAGACCCCCAGUGCCACCACCCGGGCCAUUACCACCCAGUCUGCCACCUGUUACAGAUGAUAUUUCUUAUUCUUUGGUUUUGACAGGACCACCACCUCCACUUCCUCCUUUGCAACCAUCUGGCAUGGAUGCACCACCAAACUCUGUAACCAGUUCUGUUCCUACUGUGGUAACAACUGGCAUACAUCACCAGCCUCCUCCUGCUCCACCUUCUCUUUUUACUGCAGUUUUUGUAUUACCAGAUACAUAUGACACUGAUGGCUACAAUCCUGAAGCCCCAAGCAUUACAAACACUUCCAGACCAAUGUACCGACACAGAGUACAUGCACAAAGGCCUAAUUUGAUAGGAUUGACAUCAGGGGAUAUGGAUCUGCCACCUCGAGAAAAACCUCCUAAUAAGAGCAGUAUGAGGAUAGUAGUGGAUUCAGAAUCAAGGAAACGAACUAUUGGUUCUGGUGAACCUGGAAUUCCUACAAAGAAGACUUGGUUUGAUAAAUCAAGUUUUAAUAGAACAAACAGUCCAGGGUUCCAGAAAAAAGUUCAGUUUGGAAAUGAAAAUACAAAACUUGAACUUAGGAAAGUUCCUCCAGAAUUAAAUAACAUCAGCAAACUUAAUGAGCAUUUUAGUCGAUUUGGAACCUUAGUUAACUUACAGGUUGCAUAUAAUGGUGAUCCUGAAGGUGCGCUUAUCCAAUUUGCAACGUAUGAAGAGGCAAAAAAAGCAAUAUCUAGUACAGAAGCAGUGUUAAAUAAUCGCUUUAUUAAGGUUUAUUGGCACAGGGAAGGCAGCACUCAACAGUUGCAAACUACAUCAAAGGUAAUGCAGCCUAUAGUCCAGCAGCCUAUUUUGCCUGCUGUGAAGCAAUCAGUGAAAGAGCGCCUGGGUCCAGUACCUUCAAGUACUAUUGAACCGGCAGAAGCCCAAAGUGCCAGUUCAGACCUUCCUCAGAAUAUAACUAAGUUAUCUGUGAAGGACAGGUUGGGUUUUGUAUCAAAGCCAUCUGUUUCAGCAACUGAAAAGGUAUUGUCUACAUCAACUGGCCUAACAAAAACAGUGUAUAACCCAGCUGCUUUGAAGGCUGCACAAAAGACCUUACUUAUUUCUGCCUCUGCAGUUGAUACUAAUGAAGCACAGAAAAAAAAGCAGGAGGCAUUGAAACUUCAGCAGGAUGUAAGGAAAAGGAAGCAAGAGAUUUUAGAAAAGCACAUUGAAACACAAAAGAUGCUAAUUUCAAAGCUGGAGAAAAACAAGGCAAUGAAAUCUGAAGAUAAAGCAGAAAUAAUGAAAACCUUAGAGGUUUUGACAAAAAAUAUUACUAAGUUGAAAGAUGAGGUCAAAGCCACUUCUCCUGGACGCUGUCUUCCCAAAAGUAUAAAAACCAAGACUCAGAUGCAGAAAGAAUUGCUCGACACAGAACUUGAUUUAUAUAAGAAGAUGCAAGCUGGAGAAGAAGUCACUGAACUUAGGAGAAAGUAUACAGAAUUGCAGCUAGAAGCUGCGAAACGAGGGAUUCUUUCAUCCGGUCGGGGUAGAGGGAUUCAUUCAAGAAGUCGAGGUACAGCUCAUGGCCGAGGCAGAGGCAGAGGCAGAGGCAGAGGUCGAGGUGUGCCUGGUCAUGCCGUGGUGGACCAUCGCCCCAGGGCACUGGAGAUUUCUGCAUUUACAGAAAGUGACAGAGAAGAUCUUCUUCCUCAUUUUGCGCAAUAUGGUGAAAUUGAAGAUUGUCAGAUUGAUGACUCUUCACUUCAUGCAGUAAUUACAUUCAAGACAAGAGCAGAAGCUGAAGCAGCAGCAAUUCAUGGAGCUCGUUUCAAAGGGCAGGAUCUAAAACUGGCAUGGAAUAAACCAAUACUUAAUAUUUCAGCUGUUGAAACAGAAGAAGUUGAGCCUGAUGAAGAGGAAAGAGAUCAUCAUUGCCUGAAUUUAGCUUUGUGACUACAACAGCAAGACCUGUUCCUGUCUGGAGACGACUGUUAUAAUAAUAUUCUGUCAUUUUAUGUUUACCUUUUAUCUAUUUUGAGCACUUGUUUACAUGUACUAUAUAAUUAGCAUUUUAUUUUUACAGUACAUCUGAGUCCAGAAGUAUAUCUGAGUGUUUGCUUUGUCUGACCUUAUUUUUAAUACUUUUCUUCCUUAUAGCCAUUUACUUUUUAACCAUCAUAAGAAGGAAAAAGACUUCUUGGUUUCCUAAUAUAAGUUCAAUCUUAGCCAAGUUGAAAACUGUGUCUAGGAAAUUAUAAAGCCAUGAUGCUCUCUAUGUUUGUUAGCAUGAAUAAUUUAGAAUGAAGAAAAUGAUUAAAAAGUUAAAACAUGGGUUCUGUUUUAAUUUUUCUUGGUUUUAGGAUAUGUAAAGUGGGGAGGGUUGGAAUAGUCAUGUAAGUAAUAAUUGAUAAAAAAAACUUCUACAAAUUGUAAUAACAUAUUUAUUUCUUUUGACUAUACUUACUAAAAUAGUCACCAAGGUCAUUUACUCAGAUAAUUUUUUUAACCUGUUCUUCAAAAUCAGCAAGGAGAAUAAUUUUCUUCCAAGUAAUAGAGGAUUAUCUAUAGAUUAUAAAUAUUGAGAAAAAAUUAAAAUGUUUAACAGUUUUUCAUAUUCUUCACAAUCAAGAUUUCAAAGACCAUCUUAAAAGCAAGGGGGAAAUAGUGGUAAUGUGUUUUAAUACUGUUAAUAUUCCUAUCUUAAAAGGUAUAUGUCCAAACUAUUUAUAAGUAGUAUGAAUUAUUGUAGUAUAUAAUUAAGCCUUACCUAAAUAUUAAUCCAAAAAUUUUUUAUAAUGAACAUGAUAAAAAGGUGUUCAUAGUCUGAAGUUUCACAGAUUCUAGAAGUUAUAUUUGGUAGCAAAUCUUUAUUAAAAAAAUCAAAUUGCACUUGAUUCUAUUCGCUUUUUUUU